AUGCGUAUUAAGUUGUCUUCCUCCCUUGUGCGCGGUGGAGCCGCUCUGUCAUUAUUACCGUACAUAGGAAAAUUGAAGCCAAGACCCGCAACUGCCCCAGUCCACGCAUUACCCACACGCAUCCAAGACCCGCAACUGCCCCAGUCCACGCAUUACCCACACGCAUCCAAGACCCGCAACUGCCCCAGUCCACGCAUUACCCACACGCAUCCAAGACCCGCAACUGCCCCAGUCCACGCAUUACCCACACGCAUCCAAGACCCGCAACUGCCCCAGUCCACGCAUUACCCACACGCAUCCAAGACCCGCAACUGCCCCAGUCCACGCAUUACCCACACGCAUCCAAGACCCGCAACUGCCCCAGUCCACGCAUUACCCACACGCAUCCAAGACCCGCAACUGCCCCAGUCCACGCAUUACCCACACGCAUCCAAGACCCGCAACUGCCCCAGUCCACGCAUUACCCACACGCAUCCAAGACCCGCAACUGCCCCAGUCCACGCAUUACCCACACGCAUCCAAGACCCGCAACUGCCCCAGUCCACGCAUUACCCACACGCAUCCAAGACCCGCAACUGCCCCAGUCCACGCAUUACCCACACGCAUCCUAGGCCCGCAACUGCCCCAGUCCACGCAUUACCCACACGCAUCCUAGGCCCGCAACUGCCCCAGUCCACGCAUUACCCACACGCAUCCUAG